UUUCAUUGGUGUCGUUUCGUAUAAGAUUCUUCUGCUCUGAAACGUUACGAGAUCCAUUAAACUCGCCAUUAACAACCAUCUCUGAAGACGGUGGAUAAAUACCUAUAAAAAGGUCAGCUUUCUUCCAGUGGACAGCACCACCGACAAUCCAGGAUCAAGUUCUGUGAAAGCAAGCAGAGGAUAACAGCGCGUCAGCCUCCAACCCUCACAUGCUCUGUCACAAACGCUCACUGAAGAGCCAGUUGUUGCUAAACAUUUGGACAGACGACCAGGGUUAAGACCUGAGUACAUUCGACAGUCGUACAGUCCUUCGGUAGCUGCUGAAGAGUCCUUGGGCAAAUCUGCUAGAGCAAGACGCCGGUCCAUCUGUCAACUGAAAAAAAGACAACCCAUCAAUCAAGAUUCAACAAGAGACGGGAUGAGCAGCAUGUACUUUAAUAUCGCUGUUUUUUGGCCAAAAUCAAUAAAAGAAAGUUCCAGUAACCAGAGAUUUUGCCGGGAAACCAGCGCAACCAGAGCUUCUGAUUGCUCUGACUGUUUUGAUGUGAAUUUUGGGGAACUUACGUAUUCAGCUUCAGAGCCUAGCUAUGCACCACCAUGAGAAACUAUUAGUCUUUGAUGAGGACGAAAGGUGAUCGUUGCAAGGAGCUUAAAUCCAAAAUUAGUGGGAGAAAGAAGAGGAGCUUAAUCAAGGAGGUUAAAGGCGCUGAAGAGGAUAAGGCACUGCAAGAGAUGACCAUAGGCCCAUAGAGAAACACAAUAGCAUGUCAAAACUUAAAAGAUUACGUUCCAAGCUCUGCAGAUGGAAAUCUUGUUUAAACAUAAAGUAAAGUUGAUGGUUUAUUUUGAGAGCAUAUACCAUGUGGACAUUAUAUAAAAGGAACAGUAUUGAAAUUUUAGUUUAGAGAGUAAUCUGAAUUUAAACGUGUGUAAUGAAGUUUUGUUCAUAUAUUCUUCUUCUUAUUUGGUUUCUGGUAUGAAACUAACUCUGGCAAUGGAAUAUAUUAGUAAAUGAGAAAAAAAACAUUUAUAUCUUUUGUUUGAAAAUAAUAACAAAAAUCGAAAAAUAGUUUUGUAAAUGAAACUGAAAAUUGGAAGAUAAAAAUCCUCUUAUAAAUUGUAAUAAUAAUGAUAAAAAAUCCUCUUAUAAAUUGUAAUUAUGUUUGUACAAAGCCAUUGAUCAAUACAUCAAAAAUGGAACAUAUGACCGCAAGUAAGAUAGCAUAGAUAGACUUCGUUGUUAUAAUCUCCGAAGCAUACUGUGCAUGUAUAUAUUUUUUUUUAACACAACUUAAUUUCAUUACUCUUCAAACUGCUUGAUUACAACGAUUAGAGGGAAUUAACAAUCCUCUUUGAUUGAAAACAUAAACUACAACAAUGUAAACUAAACAAAAUAGUUCUUCAAAUGAAGAUGACAGCGGAUUCGAGACGAAACUUGAAUGCGUCGGGACAAAGUCGGACGGCAUAGAAAUAGUCACAUAUAGUGACGUUGAAGACCAGCUCUCAUAGACGAGGAAGCUGAAACCGGAACUCAACAACGAGUUCGGGAAUUCCUCUCCUUUCAUAGAAAGAAGGUAUGGUGAUGACAGAGACCAACCCGGUGAACCCACCGGUAAACUAUUCUUCGUAAAAGAGAAAUAUGACAUUAAGCUCAAGAUAAAGGCCCCGGUGAACCCACCGGAAAUCCUUUGCAUCUUUGCCACACUUAACAAAUCAUCAAACACGGGUUUAAGAUUUGGUGGGCCAGCAAGAUGAAUAACAAAUUUACAGAUCUUACAGGGCCAGGCCCAGAAGAUUAACAUUCUCGGCUUGGAACUGAACGCCUGCUUGAUCGGGAGACUUGAAAGCUUAGGGUUCUUGCCGGAGUUGAAGGGGCAGUCGCCGGUUAUGAAGCACGGCGUGUCAGAUGAUGGUAAGUUAUUCUCCCCGGAGUCGACUAGACUCACAACACCAUCUAUCGAAGAUGGAGUAGAACUGUCGUCAGCGCGUCGGACCUCGCCGUAUCCAUAGUAGAGUCUUUCAAAACGGGACCUUGUCGGGAUGGUGGUGGUGGUUGUGAAUCGAGGUGAGCUUGUCCAUAUCAACCAAAAAGCUUCCAGAUCUGAACGGCGGGUCAAGCAUGGAGCCCCACAAACAGCAGAUGUUCGGUCACCGGAAACUAAAGGUGGAAGGAGAACUUGCAGUGGAAGGGAGGAAGAGAUCCGUCGAAAAUCUUCGGUUGAGAGUCUCUGAGUUACGUUGAUGGAGACAAGGCUCGCAGAUCCGUCGAAAAUCUUCGGUUAUGCAUGUAUCAUUUUCUUCUUCUGUAGUUGGGGGCCUAAAAUAAUCUACAAUAAUAUUUGAUUUUAGUUACAUUAAUUAAUUUAUUUUAAAAUUUGACAUUCAUAUUGGUUUGAUUAUACUAUUUGAUGUAUCUAAAAUAUGUUUUAAGAAUUUAAAUAUGAUUUUAGAUAAAACUUUACUAAAUCUCAUAAAAAUAUUAAAUGUUACGAAAAUACAAAGAUAUUUCUAUAGGAAAUUUAAAAUAAACAAUCUAAUAUUUUGUCUUUACUUAUAUAAAAUGUAAAUACAUAUUAAUUUAUAAUUUGUAAUUUUGUUUGGACCAUAUAUUUACAUAGAAUUAUGUAAAAAAAUAUUAUCUUAUUAUAUUAUUGAUUUGUGUUUGAAUCGAUUCAAUUUGAAAUCGAAAAAUUAUUAAUAUAUAGUGUUUAUUAAUUUGUUGGAUAAUCAUUUAUAGAGUUGCUACUGUAGUGUGUUUUUCUGUUAUCUUUUUAAUGUGUGAUUUUCUUUUCUUUUUAUAAAUAUCUGAAUAUCCAGUGGUCCAUGCACAAAGAGUUUAGCGGUGAGACUACAUGUUGCCAACAAAAUCAACAGAAGGGUCUAGAUGAUGGUGACUGUAUAGAAAGCUACCAGAAAUUCUCUAAGAAUGCUUUAACCAAAUUUGCAUAAGGUUCAACGUGUAUUUCUCUCUAAGAAUGUUUUAACCAAAUUUGCAUAAAGGUUCAACGUGUACUUCUUUCUAACAUCAUUCGUCAUCAUUGACGAAUAAAUUUCCAAAAUUUUCUUCAGUUGCUGACCAAAAGUAUCUCCUUAAACAUGUCUGACUGCUUUGUCUGUCAAACUCACGUUAGAUUUCUGCAAGAGAAAGUACACGUGCUAAAGAUAGCUUGGCGAAUACAAUAAUCUUUUGCUCUUCUUAAGAAGAUUACUCAUCACAAAAAGUUAGAAAUGUAAAAAUAAAUUAUUAAUCAUAGUUUGAGGACAUGAAAGAUGAUGUAGUUAAGUAGUUAAACUUUGUAUAUGAGCUGUGAUCCAAUAAUAGCUUCACAUCAUCUUUAAACUUUGUAUUAUCACUCGAGCCAUCAAAUAAAUUAUAGAUGGCGUCCAUAAACAUGUGUUUCAAAUUUAUCAGUAAGGAAAGGAACUAUUGUUUCAAUUUAAAACUAGAGAAAUUACCUAGACUAACUCACAUUCAUCUUAAAAUUACUACAAUAACUCAUAUUUAAUUUAAAUUACUAGACUAAAACGAGGGAUAAGCAAAAGUACUAAAAGCCCAUUACUAAUUUGAUUAACUACAAAAUUGCCACUAAAUAAAUAAAAAAUUAGAAAAUAUAUUUAAACUUCCCACAAAAAAAUCGACAAAAAAAAAAUAGAAACAAACCUUUUGUCGGGUCCUCUCACGACGACAUCUACUUCUCCGUCGUCUAAAUCCUCUGUUACAGCCAUCAUCGUCAAGACCUCUGCCACAGCCGCCGUCGACAACUCCUCUGUCACAGCCGCCGUCGACAACUCCUCCUUCACAGCCUUGGUCGACACCUCCUCCUCAAGUCGCAAUCGUUUUUGAUUUGUGUAAGAGAUGAAUCCCAAUUUCAACUGUAAGUGCUAAAUCAAUUCAAUUACCACUAGUUAUUACACUUUUUAAACAUAUUUUUUGAUUCAGAUGUUUGAUUUCGAAAACCCUAAAUCCCAAUUUCAACAUUCUUUCACUUUGAAAUUUCAAGACUUUUUUUCUGUUAUUAAAAUUUGGUUAUGACAGUCUGUUGAUCGGAGAUUGUUUCUAGACAAGAAACUAACUUGUUAAGUGCUUUAUUUUUCAGGUACGGUUUCUUCUUCGGAUAUGAGAAAGUAUCCUCGUCGUUUGUAUGAGGUUGGGAAAACCCCAGUUCAGAGUAGGAGCAUGAACCAUAGUUGUUAUCUCUCCAACAUUCAAACCGUGAGAGAAGAACUUGGGGAAGAUGUUUGGUCUGAGUUGAGGGAAUCAGCUAUUGGAGUUAUUGUGAAGCUGAAAGAGCUGCCUUAUAUUUGGUCUGCGAAAGUUGUUCACCAUUUUCUUGCCAAUCAAUUGGCAAUCGAGAGCAGUCAUGAGAUUUGGUCUUUGAUAGAUGAUUCUAUGCCAUUGCGUUUCUCUUUGUACGAGUUUGGAGAGAUUACAGGUCUGAAUUGUGAUCCUUUCGACAAGCAUGACGUUUGGGAUGUUGACCAUCAAGAGUUUUGGCUGGAGAUGAACGUUCCAACAUCAGAUGGACCUACAUUGCUAGAGUUGCAAGCCAUAUUGCCGAUUUGCAGAAACUGGCCUCGAGAGAAGCGAGUGAUGAUUGGUUUGUUGUGUCUGCUAUCCAUUGGCAUAUUUGGCAUUUCAAGCAACAGCAGAAUUCCUUUGCAUUGUGCUAAAAAGGUGAUGGACACUGCAGCUUUCCAGCGAUAUCCAUGGGGCCGUAUUGGAUUUAGCAGCCUUGUCGAUUCCAUUAAAGUACUCACAUAUGAAGCAGAGAAGAGUUACACACUUCACGGCUGUGUUCAUGUGCUGUUAAUAUGGAUUUAUGAGUGUGUCCCUGGUUUAGGAGAAAUAUAUGGGAAUCGGAUUGAUGGAGCUGAUGUUCCUCUUCUGUCAUGGAGGGGAUCUCGUACGCGUAUAAACUUCUCAGAUUUUUGUGCCCAAGAAAAGAGAAAAUAUCCAAAGGUUCGUGUGAGGCAUAUGAUUAUGAAGCCAGUGGAGGAUAUAUAUCCGAAGUGGGACAAUGAUAAAAUCUAUACUGAUCUGGACAACAUGAUAAAAGACAUCCUUAAUGGUCAGCUAAAUGAGAAGUUUUGGGAUGCAGUUCCCACUACCAAAUGCCAGAAGAGAAAAAAUGGUGUUGCCGCAUCUGUUGUUCCAAACCAGAGGCCUUCUACUAUGCGAAGAAAAGACAAAGAACCUGCUGAUGGAAGUGAAGCAUCUGAUAUGGCUGCAGCUCACAACGUUGCCAUAAGUGGGUUAGCUGAGUUGGUUAAAAUCCUCACUGCCAAAAUAGAAGGCAUCGAUGAUAGUGUAGCUGACAAGGUUACUAAAGCAUUAGAUGCUACUAUUGACUCUAAGGUGGAAGCAAGAGUGCGAGCAUAUGAGUCUGACUUACGGAAUCAGAUUGCAAAAUUGGAGGCACAAAUAAAUGAUAGUAAAAACAACGCUGAUGUGAACAUUGCUCCUGAUGUCGCCACCUCCAAAGCGUAUGAGGAUGAGGAAGAUGGUGCUUGUAGCAAUGACUUGUCAUGGAUUGUUCAGAAGAAGAUCAAUUCACAAGAUGGACUGCCAGUUGAUUGUGUUGUGAAGAAGGAGAAAAAAGAUAAGAAGACGAUGGAUAGCACACAUAAUCUUACGACUGAAGUGGUGAUAAAGACUGGGAAGAAAGCUGGAAUUCCACUAAGAAGAGUUAAGCAAGAGAAGGCCUUCGAGAUCCCACAGCUAAAUGAUGAAUCCAUAUCUUCAAAAGAUUUGGAAAAUCAUCUACAGUGGGAGAAGAGUGUAACCUGUAGGGCGGUGUUGGAAGCACUUGCUUCAAAUUUGAAGGAGCCUACACGCAGACGCAAGCCUCAGUUGACAAAGACUCAAGUUUGGCCGUUUGUUGGAAAUUCAACAGUGAAGCGUAUUAUAAGUGGUGAGAAAGUCUCCAAGGAACCUUAUGACCCAUUAGCUAAGGUGGAGGCAGAGAAACUGCAGAAAGUUUUGGACUUCAUCAGCUCUGAUUUGGAAGCAAAGGAGCCUGGUGUUGGAGAUGAAAGUGCUGGAUUUUUCUUGAAGUUAUUGAUACCUAGGGAUGAUUGGCCAACAAAAGACUACGGCUGGUUGAAUGACUCCGUAAGUUUAAUUUCUGAUUUUUAAUCUCUACGGCUGGUUGCUGACUGUAAAUUGUUUCU